UACAAACAUGUCGGCAUUCAAGAGAAAACGUGGAGGACAGCGUCCUGCUGAUCAAAACGCAAAAAAGGUCAAAUUUGUGGUAAACGCAGACGACUCACCCGACGAAGCUGUAGAGGAGAAUAAAAAUGAAGUUACAAUCCCGCCGCCAGUGUCCAAGGGCAAAUGGACCAACAAGGAAAGGGUUCUCAUUUUUUCCUCCAGAGGGAUCAACUUCAGAACGAGACACUUGAUGAAAGACCUAAAAACAAUGAUGCCUCAUUCAAAAGAAGAUACCAAAAUGGACAGAAAGGACAAGUUGUUUGUUGUUAAUGAGGUGUGUGAAAUCAAAAACUGCAACAAAUGUCUUUUCUUCGAGGCCAAGAAGAAGCAGGAUCUCUAUAUGUGGAUUUCAAACUCCCCUCAUGGACCUUCUGCGAAGUUUCUGGUUCAGAACAUUCAUACACUGGCUGAGCUCAAAAUGACAGGAAACUGCCUCAAAGGAUCCAGACCGCUGCUCUCAUUUGAUCCUAAAUUUGACAAGGAGCCCCACUAUGCUUUACUGAAAGAGCUCUUCAUCCAGACCUUUUCCACUCCACGCUACCACCCAAAGAGUCAGCCUUUUGUGGACCACGUCUUCACUUUCAGCAUUGCAGACAACAGAAUAUGGUUUAGAAACUACCAGAUAAUUGAGGAGGACGCCUCAAUAGUGGAGAUCGGGCCUCGUUUUGUUCUCAACCUCAUCAAGAUCUUCCAGGGAAGCUUUGGAGGGCCAACACUUUAUGAAAACCCAGACUUCCAGUCUCCUAACAUGCACCGUCGACAGAUCCGACUGGCAGCAGCAGCCAAAGUGCGUGAGAAGCAGAUGGUGAAGGAAAUGCACAAACUGAAGAAGGCCGAAGUGAAGGAGGAUUUGGUAAAAGACGUUACAGCUGACGUCUUCCUCACACCAGCAGAGGAGAAGCCCAUUCACAUCCAGACAGAAGCACCCGAGCCAAAAGUGGUGAAGAAGAAGAAACAGAAAGCUUUCAAAAGACAAAGGAUGCAGAUGGCACGCAGGUAACUGGAUGGACUGGAAUAUGCUGCGUGACUGACUUACUGCUGCCAUGAUUCAAUAGUAUCUGUACAAAAAUGUGGGAAUGCAACAGUGCAGUCCGGUCGGAAGUCCAACAUUAUGAGUUUUGUUAGGUUACAGUGUGACUGUCAUUUUAACUACAACAUACUAGUCCCAGAGAAAAUCUGAAUUCUGCACGUGUUGCAUUUUGUGAUGUAAUUUGUGGACAGACAUUCUUUUCCCUCAACAUGAGGAUUGUGCAGAUUGUAGAGUUAUGAUGCUACAAUACUGCAAACAAAAGUUGCCCAUCCUUUUUUAUAAAGCAAAUAUUCCAUAAAAAAACUUCUUUAUUGAAUUUUAGUGUGUACAGUUGUUUUCUAUGCCAUGGAAAUAAAACAACUUGAACUUGG